AUGAAGGAUGAUCAGAAGUCUGAAAAUAAAACCCAUUCUUAUCCCCAUCUAACCGACAUACCCCUUCCCCAUUUCUUCCUUCAUCCUCAUCAUCUUUUACCUUUAAACUCUCAAUCCCUCUCUUCCCUCUUCUCUCACGUCCCACUCCCCUCACCCACAGCGCCGGCACAACCAAGCCCAGCCACGAGUUCCACCACCAACAGCAACCACUUCUCGUCCUCCCUUUAUUGUUGGAGACGACAUCAUCGAGGAACCUUUCUAGUGAUCGUGGGAAAACGGACUUCGCUUCUUGAAGCGUUAUUGCUGGUUACAGAUCGGAUCCGGUCGGGAAUAAUCGGGUUAGCAAUGUUGAUGAGAGUGCUAAGGAUGUCCUUUUGAGCUGAGAUCGUGGGAGCUUCUAGUUUGUAUUAGGAAUUUGUUUAAUGUAUAUUAGUUCUGAUUAAUUCUGAUUAUGUUGAUUAUAAUGGACUCGUAGUGAGUUGUAUGAUUACUUUAUGUUUAGACUAGAUAUUUGGUUUGAGAUUUAGCUGUGUUGGUUUCGUAAUAGAGCUGGUGAUUCCUUUGCCCAGGUUUUGGGAUAUGAUUUAAGUUUCUUGGGAAAUAAUCCCCGUGACGACCCUGUUUACCCAGUCAACGGUAAGUCAGGUUGUUACAUAGCCAACUCCCCGCCUAUAGGUUUCUUUCCAACCCUUAGGAUUCAAACCUCUUUUAUUAAUGAAACCUAGACCUCUAAGAAUAUCUCUUUAUAUUCUCUUACCACCUUUCUCCCCUUGAAGAAUGUUCUACAAAUUCUAAUUAAUAAAAGACAAAUUUCAAUCUCACAAAAGAGAAAACAAACAAAUACUUUCAAAAGUAUUAUACGAUUUGAGGCGUAAUUAAAUUUCUUAUAUAACUCUCAUAAAACUCUAAGACCUAUUACAAUAUGUGAGAGUUAGAAAACUAUUGAAGAACAAUUACAACUCUUGAUAAAAUUGAACUCCUUAAAGACUUGAAGAGAAUAAAUCAAAGCAUGUUAGUUAUUCAAGUUUUAUGAAGCUUCAAUAGAUAUAGGA